AGUUCCGAAAGAAACAGAGGGCUUGGCCAUGGCUUCGGCGAGAUCGAGCGCCGCCGGAGCCAUUGCCGUGGCUGCCGUGGCCGUCUUCUCUUGCUACGUUCUGUUCAGCAAUAGCUCGAAGUUCUCUUGGAGGAGAAGAGUUAGCAGAGCUUCACGCAAGGGCGAGAAGAAGGGUCUUAUCGCGGCCGUCGGCAACACUCCACUUAUCCGAAUCAAUAGCCUCUCCGAUGCCACCGGAUGCGAGAUUUUGGGUAAAGCUGAGUUUUUGAAUCCCGGAGGAAGUGUGAAGGACCGAGUUGCUGUUAAAAUCAUAGAAGAGGCAUUGGAUGCUGGAGCACUUGUUCCAGGUGGUGUAGUGACUGAAGGAAGUGCCGGAAGCACUGCCAUAAGUCUUGCUACUGUCGUACCUUCGUUCGGCUGCAAAUGCCAUGUAGUUAUCCCGGAUGAUGCUGCUAUCGAGAAGUCAGAGAUACUUGAGGUUCUCGGUGCUACCGUGGAAAGAGUAAGGCCGGUGUCUAUCACACACAGAGACCAUUAUGUCAAUAUUGCUAGGAGAAGGGCUUCCGAAGCCAACAAAUUAGCUGCUAAUGGCUAUCGACAGUGCAAUGGACAUAGCACGGAAGCAGGAGAAUUCCCUGCCAUCUCCAUGACUGAUUGUAAAGGUGGUUUCUUUGCUGAUCAAUUCGAAAACCUGGCUAAUUUCAGAGCUCACUACGAAGGUACUGGUCCAGAAAUAUGGGAGCAAACCGGAGGGAAUUUGCAUGGGUUCAUUGCCGCUGCAGGUACAGGUGGCACGGUUGCAGGAAUUUCACGGUUUCUUAAGGAUAAAGAUCCUCGCAUUAAGUGUUUUCUUAUUGAUCCUCCUGGAUCUGGUCUUUACAAUAAGGUCACAAGAGGUGUGAUGUAUACAAAGGAGGAAGCCGAGGGCCGGAGAUUGAAGAACCCUUUUGAUACUAUUACCGAAGGAAUUGGAAUCAACCGACUGACCAUGAAUUUUAUGAUGGCAGAGUUGGAUGGAGCUUUCCGGGGAACAGACAAGGAGGCUGUUGAAAUGUCAAGGUAUCUCUUGAAAAAUGAUGGACUAUUUGUUGGGAGUUCUUCGGCUAUGAACUGCGUAGGAGCUGUGAGGUUGGCUCGUGUUCUUGGUCCCGGGCAUACAAUCGUUACGAUUCUAUGUGAUAGUGGCAUUAGACAUUUGAGUAAAUUUCACAAUUCUCAGUAUCUAUCUGAUCAUGGCCUGACUCCAUCUGCAACUGGCCUUGAGUUUCUGGAUUUUCAGGACACCGGCCAGCCUUAAUGCGAUCGUUGCCACAGUAAAAUAUACGAUCGAACUUCUGCGUUUGAAUUAAGGAUGCUUUGAGUUUAUAGGGGAGAAAUUGUUUGUUGUUUUAACUUAACAGUGGAUUUGUAAAACGGAUGCUCAUCACUAAUGUCAUUUUUGCCCAGGCAAAUCAUUCA